CGCACCGCGGAAGGCGUCAUUUCUGCAAACAGGAUGGCGGAGUGGUGUGCGGCUGGACUUCCGUUCUGAUAAAUGGACAAGGAGACUCACUUUUCAAAAAUGGCGGAUUUAACCAACAGUGAAGAGCAGGAAGUAAAGAAGAGUUUGGAUGAAGAAGUGGAGAAAACACCUGGUACUUUAGAAGCAGAUUCAGAUAUUGGUCAGGAAGGCGAUAGUUCAACUUCAGGUACAGUUCAGUCCACUGCAAAUGAAAAAGAAGUCCAUAGUGGUAAUCAGGAUGGCACAGCAAAAGGGAAGAAUUUAGACUCUGAAGAUGAACCCCCUAAGAAAGCAUGUAAGGUAGGCCAUGGGCAAGCUGUAGCUGCACAUUAUAAUGAGCUUCAGGAAGUUGGAUUGGAAAAACGUAGCCAGUCUCGCAUAUUCUACCUCCGAAACUUUAAUAAUUGGACAAAGAGCGUCCUCAUUGGUGAAUUUAUAGACCGGGUACGACAGAAAAAGAAUGAUAUAUCUGUUCUGGAUCUAGGAUGUGGCAAAGGUGGAGACCUACUGAAAUGGAAAAAAGGCAGAAUUAAAAAACUUGUCUGUACUGAUAUUGCUGACAUUUCUGUGCAACAGUGCAAGCAGCGAUAUGAAGACAUGAAAGCCCGAUGUCGUUAUAAUGAACGUAUUUUUGAUGCAGAAUUUAUACAAGCGGAUAGUACCAAGGAUCUCUUGUCUUCUAAGUACAGUGAUCCAGAUAUGCGCUUUGACAUUUGCAGCUGUCAGUUUGUUUACCAUUAUUCAUUUGAGACGUAUGAGCAGGCUGACAUGAUGCUUAAAAACGCUUGUGGGAAUCUCUCUCCUGGAGGGUAUUUCAUUGGCACAACUCCAAAUAGCUUUGAACUUGUAAAGCGGCUUGAAGCUUCAGAAACCAGUUCAUUUGGGAAUGAUGUAUACAGUGUAAAAUUUGAAAAGAAGGGAGAAUAUCCUUUGUUUGGCUGCAAGUAUGAUUUCCAUUUGGAAGAAGUGGUUGAUGUCCCCGAGUUCUUGGUUUACUUUCCAUUACUGGAGGAAAUGGCAAAGAAGCAUGGCAUGAAAUUAAUCUACAAAAUGACAUUUCGGGAAUUCUAUGAAGAAAAAAUCAAGAACGAGGAGCAUAAAAUGCUGUUAAGGAGAAUGCAGGCCUUGGAGCCAUAUUCUACAUUUGGUGAUUCCAGGCUUGUUUCUGAUAAACCUGAUGACUAUGAACAUGCAAAAGAGUUCAUCAAAGAUGGCAAAGCAAAGUUACCAUUGGGAACUUUGAGUAAAUCUGAAUGGGAAGCAACAAGUAUUUACUUGGUAUUUGCAUUCGAAAAGCAACUGUGAAACUUCAUGUACUGGAUGCAGCAAGAAGAGAUCAUAUCCAUGUGCAAGUUGGAAUGGUCAGAAAUCCAUUGUGGCAACUAUUUUUUUAUUUUUUAUUUUUUAAUUAUCAGAAGUGUGCAGGACACUAUCGAAAACUAGAGCAAGCUCAUGAUUCUGAGUUACAUUGCCUGUCUGUGACAGAUGGACUUGUGUGUGUAUAUAUGAGAGAUUCUGAACCAGUCUUUUUAAGCAUUUGUAAGCAAUCUGCAUGCUCUCAAAACUCAUGUUUGAACUUGACACAAGUUUAUGUUAGAAACAAAUGUUUUGUUAGCAGAAAUGUGUUUGUGAUUACAAACUUGACCCUGCACUUUCUGAAAUGGAUGGAAACAUUGUUGAGUUUGAUGUGCAGAAUGAGGGCCUAAAUGUUGUACUGCAGAGCUCUGUUAAUUCACUAGAUACUGUCACACAUAUAAGGUAUGUCUACAUUGCAUGCAGAGGUAAGUGGCAAGUAAUACCUAAGUCAGUUUGAGCACCUCUGUGCUGCGCUCAAGCCUGCAAUGUAAAUCUACCUUAGUGGUAUUCAAGGUGUAGUUUACAUGAAGUCCCAUAAUGUUCUUGGGUUUUUUUUGUGCUUGCUGAUAUGUAGUGUUACUUCAUGGUGCUUCCAAGAUUAAACAAGUUUGUUCUGUACAAAACACCUCUGAAAGAACUAAAUUUCUGAAGUUUUAAAUCUCUAUGUCUCUUUUUCCAAAUAUGACUAGGUGGUGAUGAAUAACAGCUGCUGAACUUAGAUUACUGAACAUUUUCUAUUGACUCUCUGGCCUUUUUGGCAGUUUUAAUGUCUCCUGAAACUUACUAGACAGAUCUUGGGAUAUGUUUCUUACUUGCUUCAUAAAACUCCAAAUGAGUGCUUGGCGAAGGAUGAGGUAUUGGUGGUGAUGGGGACCUCAUUGCAGUCCUUAAGGCAAUAGGAACUCUAUUAUGUACUGGAUCAUGAACCAGAAGGGGGGAGGCUGAUAAUAUCUGAGGAUGCUUGAAGUUUACUCAGGCAAGAAGGGCUGUGUAUGUGUGUAUACAGACCAGUACAUGGGGAUAACAGUCCCCAAAUCAGAGCCAAAUACUUUGGGGAUGUAAUCUAAUUAUCAAUAGGCAGAGUUGUGCUUAACUACCAUCUUAACUGCCCGUCAGUCUCUAAGAGCUGGCUUGGAAAUUUCUGACAUGGUGUUUGCUCUGCUUUCCACAUGCUUGUAGCCACCCACUACUGAGAGAGUGUGAAUACUUCGUAUUUUUUCUCUCCUCUCUUGGGCUAACAGUAGCUGUUAGCUAGUGUAGUUCACAUAUAGAUGAAAUGAUUAAAUGUUGAUGGUUAUGAGUAUUUUGCAAAGACAUAAUAAACCUAAGAAAAAACAUUUCUGUUAGAGUUAAGUGUUCAAAUUAUCUGAGUUUGUAGUUAUAUUGUGUUCCUGUUCCCCCUGUAAUUAGGUCAUACUCUUUACUCCAUGAUUCCUGAUUUAUUUCUUCUUAUUGUGUGGAAGAACACCUAUAGCCUUCACCAAAGCAGUAGAAUCAGUCAGAUCGGCUGCUGAAACAAGGAAAGCAAGACUCUUGUCUGCUAGAAUUAGCACUUCUGAAACUAGCUAAAAAAAUGCUGAGAGUUUAGAAGUACUGAAAUGUUUCAUUGAAAUUUGUGUGCGUCAAAGCUAGUUUUGUUAGAUUUCUUGUAUCAGUUAUCAUUGGAAAGUACAUUGUUAUGCUAUUUUUUGAAGAAAUCAGAAUAAUAAAAUGAGGGGAAAUA